GCCAUCUUGUAAACCACAUGACCUCGUUGCCGUGUCCCGUGACCAGCUCACGUGAAUUUGGACAAAUUCAAACGUUUUUUUUUCAACGCCAAAAAAUGGACAUUUUGGAUCAACAACUCGAACAGCAGGAUGUCAGCGCUGUGAAGGAGGACAGCGGUGAUACGGGAAUCGUCAUAGAGGAAACGGAGAUUGUUGAUUGCGAUGGUGAACCUGUUGUGGAAGAUGAAAUGCAUUACCAGGAACCUUUAGCUUACCGGAUUGUUCAAGUUAAUGGUACACCUUUACAGUCAGCCAACGAGAUAGAACUGCCCGUGUCGCAACAAGGAAAUAACACUGUACAGGUUCUGACAUCUGGUUUAAAUGGCCAGUUUUAUGUUAUCGGAAAUCCCAAUGAUGUCUUUACCACAGCACAAACGUCGAGAUCAUUGAUGCCAAGGACGGCAACGCUACAAAUAGAAACCCCAAGAAGUUGUAAUCCCGGCUUGAAGAAGAGAGAUGACAAGAGGAGAGCAACGCACAAUGAGGUUGAGCGUCGACGUAGAGACAAAAUAAAUAAUUGGAUCACAAAAUUGGGUAAAAUUAUUCCCGAUUGCAAUAUUGGUACGACCAUAGUGUCUACCAGUGCCAGCAGCGGAGAAGGAAAAGCCAAUUAUGAAACUCAGAGUAAAGGAGGUAUCUUGGCAAAAGCUUGCGAGUACAUAACAGAACUGCGUACGGCUAAUCAAACUUUAGUUCAAUGUGCACAGGACAACGAGAAACUACGACACGAAAUCACGGCGCUAAAUCAGUUGGUUGCCGAAUUAAAACGUGAGAAUCUUCAACUUAGGUCGCAAAUAUCAUCAUCGGUUCCGAAUACCGAUGCUAUACAUUUGAGUUCUUAAAGCUUUCUCUUUUGUGAGCUAUUAAACAAUUGUUUCUGUAAAUAUCAAAAUUUGUCGGUUGUUACACAACAAAAGAAAGGUGUCAUUUUUUUUUUUUUUUGUUUUUCUUCUCCGCGACGACUGCACCCACAACGUAUUCGAAUAUACUUUUUUAUUUUUAAUAAAUCAAUAAUAUAACAGAUAUAAAUUUGAAUAGACAAAAAAUUAUAUCACGUAAGUAUAUAAAAUCAUUCGAUUUAACAUUUAAAAUGUGGCUGUGAAUACUGAAAUUUUGACACACUGUUGUUUUUUUGGAAAAGCAAUUGAAACAGUGUAGUGCAGCCGGGAUUCAUUUUGAAGGAGAGAAAGAGAAUUUUUUGUUUAUUUAUGUAACCACACUGAGCCUGACAAUUUAAGCGUUUGCAGAAUUUGUUACAUCGUAUUUUUUUAAAGAAAAUAAUGUAAUUGAAAUUAUAAGACUAAUACAAGAGCAAUUAGGAUUGCUAAAUUCAGGGAAGAUCUUGAUCUGAAAACGAAGGAGACGAUGGUGUUGUUUUUAAGACGGUAAGGCCUGGUUUAUGCGGGCAAUAAAACUGUUUAACUUAUGCCGGAACCGGUGGAGUUUAACUAUAGGAUUUCAAUGCUUCUGUUUAUACAAAAUUGCCGAAUGCUUCUGUUUAUACAAAAUUGCCGAAUGCGUGUAAACAGAAGUAUAUUGGAAUCUUAUAGUUAAACUCUACCGGUUCCGGCAUAACAGUUAUUGCCCGCAUAAACCAGGCCUAAAAGAUAAAUCUCCGGUAUCUCUCCAAAGCUCGCGGCACAUUUAUGCUUCUUUCUUACUAGAUCAACAUACGAACAAAAAUUGCUCGUAUUGGUUUCAAUUUCUGUUACUUAGUUUCUUUGGAAAUUAACGACCGAUUUUGUUUUUUUCUUUUCAGUUUUCACAUUUCUUUGUCUUUUUUAUUUUUUACCACAAGUUUUCGUAAUUAUAGGAUAGAAUAUUUUGUAAGGAAGAUUCUCUCUCAAAUUUAAAUUUGUAAAAUAGAUCAAAAAAAAUAUACGACGUAUUAUGAGGUAAGCCUUGUUUGCUAAUUAACGUAUGUACGUACAUCUGUAUAUAUAUGUACACACGUGUGUAGGUCGUUGUGCAUAUGGCAAUAACAUUUAUUUUUUUCAACGCGGAACAAAAAUUCUUAUCGAACGAAGAAGAAAGAUGUGUCAGAAUAUCGAUUUAACGUUAGAUACCGGAAUGUAAUAUAUAUAUCGUUGAUGUAAAUAAUACGAGGUUAUUGUUACAAUAAUAAUUAUUAAUUGAAAGCAA